CGAACCGCCCUGGACCGCGCCAGAGAUAAUCAAGGUGACUCUGGCACGGCCGCUAUCCUCGAAGCUGCCGUCGGGAAGCUAUGGGAACGGAUCAAAAAUGAGCCGGAGUACGUGCUCAAUCGCGAGGAGUUCGCCUUGUUUAAUUACUUCAUCUAUCGCUAUGGGAAGCAGCCCGAGGGCCGAAGAGCUGUGGAGCAGUUUUGGAACCAUUAUCGCCCAAAUCACUCAGCCUCCAACGGAAGCAAGACUUAG